AUGAGACAGAGGUUUAGCAACCACGACGGGCAUCCAAGCAUCCCCUUCCUGUGGGCCUGCAUGGACCUUGCAGCCAGCGAUGCCAAGAUGCAGCACUGGCUUAUUGCCAUCAACUGGCUUUUGAGUGGCCUUACGGUGUGUUUGUUGGCUGGUCCCCUCAACAUUGAGAACAUGGCCAGCCUGGCCCAUCGCUUCCGUGCGCGGCAGCCCACAGCUGGUCGUGAAGCACUGAUGGAUGUGCUGGUGCUCCUGCUGGUAGCACCACUCGUCUUGUGCGGCACUGCUCUGACCUUCUUAAGUGGCGCCUUGCAGCCUCCGCUGCCCUCGUUGUGGCCGCCUUCUACGGCUUGCUGGAGCUGGUAG